AUUUAGAACAGUAAACAUUCAUGAUUUUAAUUUAAAAAAAACUCCGAAAUUCUCAUGCCGCGUAAAAAAUUAAAUAUGUUUGGCAUCCUUUCCCUCAAUCUGAUUGUUUGAAGUUUGAAUAUGUAUAAACAAUUUUCAUAUUUAUUCUAAUCGUUGAUUUGUUCUUAAUAGUUUUGUUCAUCUCUAACGGAUCGAGCCAACAUCAAAGAUGAACAAAGCCAAAUUCCGCAAGGCUUUUCUACGAGACGUGGAAAUUCCGUUGAGUAAAACCAACGCAAAGGUUAUAAAACCAGUGUUGGAAAACACAGCUGCGCCAAACAAAACUACAUCAACAAAAAAUAGCCGCCGGUUGAACGACCUCCCUAAAACAACCGUGUCCGGCAAAUUCAAACAGCCUGAACUACAUACCGCUCUUAAUGUUUGCAAACAAAUAGAAAAAAUUAAAACGACAAAUUCUGCGGCACCUACUAGUAUCGGAGAACUUACUCCUAAAAGUAAAAAGUUUGUUCGUGAAGAGAUUACAAAGAGAUUGAACUUUCAACACGAUGAAAACGUUUUCAAAGGCUUGAAACCGGUGAAUGUGAAUGAUUCCGUCCUAAUUCCUGUCACAAAGAAACCACUGCGUACUAAAUAUGUGUCGAAAGAAAAACGGGACCCCGAGCCAGAGCUUGCAGAUUUCCUACGCCCCAUCCCCGAGUUUAACCUAAAUUUUGAUCCUUACCUACCAACCGAAGUCACUCUUGCUAAACCUAACGGUAAUAACUUUAGAAAUAUUAUCAAUGUAUUCAACAAAAUUGAUUUUGGUGCGUAAUUUAAAGAUUAAAAAUGAGAAUUUUUGUACAAAUUUGAAAAAAAAAACGAAUUUAUUUAAACUUCAAUAAACAGCCUAGACCUGACUAAAGAAUGAAUUUUGGGGCACACAAAUGAGGAUCUAACCAUGUUACAGCAAUGGUAUUCACCGAGAGAGAGAGCCCGCGGUUUAUAUAGUUCACAAGCAAUCUCACAAAAGACCAAGAAGUUCUCGUAUAAAUGAAAACACAUCAGAGUGACCCGCUCACCAACUUAACUAGUUUAUUCAAAUGAAUGCAAUAAUCUUGAAACCUUACCAAUGCAAAAGAAACGCCACUUAGCACCUAUUCUUCUUAACCGGUUACUAAUAUUUGAUUUUAACAUAAGCAUAAUUCUUAAACGUAUCUGUCACGAUUGCGCACAGUUGCCAAAUAAAGAGGACACUUUCGUCGAUCGAACCUGUGUAAAUAAAAUUACGCAAACGAAAUCAACGCAUAGCGCGUGCAGCAUUGUUCCUAUGCUUUGCAUAGUUAUCAAAUAGCAAUCAAACCGCUUAGUGCUAAUGAAAUAAGUAUUAAUAUAUAGUCAAAUUGCUUGGAUUUUUUAAUCUUCCUGUUUCUUUAGUUACUACUAUGUAACAGAUUUAUUAUUCAAGUAAACAUUUGUUUUUACAUAAUCACCUACUAAUAGUAUUUCGCUCAAUUUAUUCUUCUCAUUAGUAAUGUACUCAAUCUUAUGCGUUCAUUUUUCUUAGAUCCUUCACUUAUUCAUACCUGCUAUUUCUGCUACUCUGUGGCCUCAAUCUUAUUAGCUAGGUUGAAGUUAUACUCUUGUCCGUUUAGGUAUUUGUUGCUUUUGCUUGUUACUUUAGUUUUUAAUUCAUUAUAACAGUAAGUGUGUUAAUUUAUGUUUGUUUUAAAUUCAUUUGCUUUGCAAAUUCUUCUAUACUUCACCGGGACAGUAGGUCCCUGUUUCGGCCAUUUCGAAAAAUAAAGGGACUGUUUUCUCUUUUGAAGAUCUUUGUAUAGUAAAGAAAUGAGAAGUAAAUACUUUGUUUUCUAUUUUAGUUGACAUUUUUUUUCUGUUAAAAUGCUUUUUAUUUGAAUGGUUAUUAUAUGUUUAUCGAAAGUUAAUUAUUAAACGUGAAUUUCAUUGCUACGAGUAUAAAUCCAAUGAUAUUAGAUAGGAAAAUAUUAUAUUAUCAACUAGAACUAUUUUGUUGAUGGCAAUCCUAACGAUAAAAUUGAACUUUACGACAUUUAGCAGAUAGCUGAUAAUGUUGUUGUUAGCCAAUUUGAUGUAUAAAGUGCUAAAAAGUAUGCUACUUCGGCGGUGCUUCUCUCGGUGGUGCUGGUUAUAUUGAAUGACGACAUCUUUUAGUUGUUGAUUGUAGACAAAUUGUUCGAGAGAAAGUGCACUCCACCGAUAAUCAUCAAUGCCACCA